ACUUUAAUUUCUGAUUACAACCUCCUGAACAAAACCCUAGCACAGCAUCAUCGAUCCCUAUUCAAAAUCGUUUGUAGGGCCCUAUAAUAAUUGAGAAAUUAUUGAAAGUGAAACCUUAUGGACCCUACAUCCCGUUUGCUAAUGUUGAUGUCAUCUCAUUAAUUACCAAUAUGAGACAAAUCAUGAUAGUGUCUGUCAGAACUCGCUUUGUGAGUAGCAAGCAAUCAAUGGGCAAUUAGCACCCCGCUUCUGUCCGCACCAACGGGCCAAGGGAUUCAUAUUCACUGAGUGGUGGUGGGAGAGUAAACGCCACGAAGAUCAGACGUUAAGAAAUUUCUGAAGAGGACACGACGUAUUGGCCUGAUACCUCCAGUGUAAUAAAAUAAUACAUGACAACGACAUUGGUAUUGAUUUUGUGAUGGGUGAGGAUGACAGUAGUGAGCCAUACUAGGUCUAAUGGCUACCUCAUCAUCAUCACGGAUAAGAAAUAGACCUGUGAAUCUAACAGAGGUCCGCCAUGAACAAAGGCGUGUAGCAGCAUUACUCAAUGCAUCAGGACAAAUCAAGGUAACAUAUCCGCCUCAUGAUAGUAUACCUGUCCAGGACCUCUACAAAAGUCGAUUUUAUAGAGAGCUCCAGGCAGCCAGGUCCCUACCAAACCGGAUUCCACCGCUGGGUCACCCACUUGUUCGUUUACCUGAUUGGAAACAGACUGAUCAAGACAAUGCUCUAGUUUCAAAUCAAUAUAGGCAUUUCGGAAAGGGUGACAAUUAUAGCUCCGUUGCUGCAUUGGCACCUUCGUUUCAAGAUCCAGGUGACAAUCAGAACACCUCUGGUCAUGAAACCAGUCCUGGACGAGCUGUCGCCCUAAGGAGAACUUUGUCAAAGAGUGUGCCAAGUUCUUUGGGAGUAGAUGCUUCAAAGAAGUCAACAAAUGUUGGAAAGAAAUCUCUUUCCCGAUAUGAAUCUCUUCCUGAUAUAGGUCAAUCCGCAAGGCAGGGGAAUGACGAUGGUGACGGCUCAUCCAAAGUUGAAUUUCGCCUUCCAAGAUGGCGACGAGGACCAGGAAGAUCGUUGGACAUCGUUACAGAGGGUUCAACAGGACCGCCGCAUCUUCAGUAUAAUCAUGGCAUUGUAGAUCUUGGAAAGGUUGAUUCUCGUUCUAUCUCUCAGAUAUUCUCACCAACAGGGUGGCUAAGGGGAGAUACUGAUACUGACAUUGAAACAAUGCAAAAGCAUAAUCAGACUCGGCAUCGUAAACGGAAACAUCAAAGUUUGGCUAAUCCGUUGAAACAGGGUUAUGAACACGAGCGAGUACCUUUUAACAGUCCGGAAUCAUCGACGUCGUCAACGUGUGUUAAAACAUCGUCAAGAGAAAGUGUCACUACUUCUUCAUCUACCAUAGAUUGUGAUAUUGAUGGUGAUCAUUUCAUGGAGGAUGACUCCAAUGAACUUGACAAACCUAUUGCCGAUAAACAAAAUAUUGAUAUAGAACCUUCUUGCGGUCCCCAAUAUACUCCGGGUGAUGAUAUACACCAACCUAAACCUAAAGGUUCUGGCUUCAAUGGUAGUUUGAAUCCAAAUGAUGAUCCUUAUGGAACGGCAUAUGUGAAGGCUCUCUCUGUAUCAAGAUCAAAGGCAUUACAGAAGGACCCAUUUUAUCUGAGUCAUCGUUUGACACGACCGUUUACAUUCUCUUACUUUUGCCAUAAUGAGAUAUGCACCUGUGGUAAAUGCCCUAAGAUGAAGCGAAAGAAAGGGAAACUUGGAUUCAAGUCCAUACUGGGUGAUGUCAACAUGUAUGAUUAUUUCAAAUGGUCCAAAGAUGGAACACAAGGACAAUGAUAGAAAAUUUGAAAAUAGCGAACAUAGUCAUUGCGGUAAGCGGACAUAUUAAUUCGACGUAUAGGUAAUAUUACUCUACAAUAUUAUUUAUGAUAAAGACAAUCAACAUUUAUUGACAAUCAGUAUAUCAGUGAUGAUAGGUUUGCAUAAUGACAAUCACAAUAAUUGUGAUCUAUAGUUAAUACCAUAAUUCCUUAAUUAAAUCAGAGCAGUUAAAUCAAUUAAAAAACUAUUUAUUUUAUAGCAAGGGUAUGAUUUCUUAAUUAUUACCCGGAAAACUGAUAUUAUGCAAUAGUAAUGAUAAUGAUAUGCAAGCGCUUAAUACAAUGUUAAGAACACUGCAAUUACCCCGUCUUUAGCACGGCUACCCCUAAUUGAACGCUCGAGCCUUCAAGGAAUUUCCUCCUACUGGGUAGCCAUUCACUACACAGUGGAGAGUGGCAAAUGUAUAUAGAUAAACGCCAUGCCAAUAGACGCGAGUUCUGUGAUGGGAUUCGAACCCCAGACCUUGUGGUUCAAAGUCACUAGACAUAUUCACUGAGCAACAAGAGCUCUAGAUUGUGUACUCUGCAGGAAAAAUUGAUUUUCACGUCCAUUGUUGAUUGGAUCAUUGGCACGACGCUAUAUACUAUUAUGUUUAAAAAGUUAGAUUAAUUAUGGUAAACUUUAUUUGGGAACCAUGCAUUCUUAUAACAAAGUAACAAUAUCCCCAAACGAUUUUGUAGGCAAGCAGCGCUUCUACGUGAUUAUAUUGUUAUAGAUUUAGAAACAAUUCCUACCGUUUGAAUUAUUCAAAGAAUAGAAGAUGAUAUUGGUAAGGAAAGAGAAAGAGUGGGUGGGAUGGAGAGAGGCGAGUGAGUGAAUUAAAGCAUGGACCAAUAGGUCCAUGGCGAAAGGGGUAGAGAGAGAGAGAGAGAAUUAGCCAGUGAGUGUGACAGAAAUAUAUAGAGAGAAAGGGGGUAGGGGAAGAGAGAGAGGGGGGAUGGAGAGGGGUGGGGAAUAUGUAAAAUAUUUUGAAAAUAAAUGGUUUUCUUAUUACAAUGGUCAUCGAUCAAUAACUAUGUUAUAGUUUACAUACCUAAAUGUUUUAGUCGUCGUCCAUGAUCUUGAUAUGGUAAUAUGCACUGGAAUAAUAUACCUACUUCAAUUUUAAUGCCGUUGCUAUAUCACUCAUGGUAGUAUUAAAAGGCUUUCAUUUACUGUCAUUAUCUCCAUUUCCCUGCUUAUCAUAUCGAAUGAAAAUAAAUGUUUUGAUAAAAUUGUAAGUUUGUGCAAUAAAAUACAAUGAAAGAAUAA